AUGAAUUCAAUAGCUUCCAAAGCUCCUAAUGCUCUUGUGAGCCGUAUUUUACAGGUAGCGCUUGGAUUGUUUGUCACGACAUCCGAUUUGCCGUCAAUCUCAAAAAACAUGAGUCAAAUGUCAUUUGAUUGCUCUUUCGAAACGGAUUGCCGUUGGCAAUCGGAUGGGAGGUUGAUGGAUCAUUGGCGAAUAGCAAGGGGUGAGCCAGAUAGCUUAUUGUGGCUAGCGGCCACAGGAACACUACAAUUACCAAGGGAGCCAUUUGCUCUAAUCGAAACGCGCGGUAGUCCUGCUGACGUUCUAUCUUCUGAUGUUGUGACAUGUCAAAAAGGUUACGCAGAUUUCUCAUUCUUGUUCUGGACAAUAGGCGAUGCUGGCUUAGAAGUUUGCUUAAGUCAUGAGAAUGGUGACAGAUUCAAUUGUACUGGUCCAUUUGUCUCAAAAAAGAUGCCGGAGAAAGUUAGCUUAAUAAUUCCACAAAUGCAACAACCAUUCAAGCUAUUAAUAGUCCCUCUGGAGAGAAAUGGUGUAUUAGUUGUUGAUGAUAUUCGAUAUAAUGCUUUGCCUUGCGAAUCAGGCGGCGAUAUAAUCUCCAAUGUAAAGCCAAUAACUGAGAAUGAAUUAAUAACGAGACAGCGACCGGAAACAUCAACAGGGCGAAUGAUUGAAACAACAACCACAACAGAGAUCGAAACAACUACUACUCCACAGAUUGAAGAAACAACAUUUGAUUCUUCAGAGAAGAUUGAGAGCAAACCUCCCAUAGAUGAAACAACAGAAACACCGUUUGAGCUGAUGGUAUAUGGCAAUAUGUCAAGACCGCUGUUUGAUAGACGCAAGGCUAAAAUUGAGGUGGACUCAAGCAAACUGCUUUGUGACUUUUCUGAUGACUUCGACUGUCAAUGGGGUGUUGAGGAAGGAAAAUGGGCCGUAAUCGAGAGAGGAGCAAUACCUAAUUUGGAUAGUUCAAUUACCGAUCCAUCACUAUUGCCAAACUAUCCAGCAGCAUUGGUUAUUCAAGGGGUAGCGAAACUUGAAUCAGAUCCAAUACUAUGCUUAAGCGGUCCAGGAAAGUUAUUAUUCCGUUAUUGGAGUAACAGCGAAAUAACAUUGAAAGUGUGUGCAGCUUCAUAUGAUAAUCCAGCAAACAGAACAGUCUGUGUGAAUCAAUCACAGAACAAUCAACGAGUACAGAAUUUAGCAGUUUUCAAUUUUCCCAAUCCAAUUUACGAGCCAUUUACGCUGCAAAUUGUACCACAAUGGAGUACUGGUUAUAAGAACCGUUUCUUAGUUAUAGAUGAAAUAGCUUACAUAGGAGAGUGCAACCCAGAAAAUAGAAUUUCUAACAGUUUGCAAAAGAAGGUUAUCCCUACUACAGAAACGACUGCCGAAACAACAACUACCACUACUACAACUACAACGACGCAAGAGCCAACAACGGAAUUAGUCAAAAGCACAUGGAUACCAAUCAGGCCUUAUACCCCAAGAAGCACCUCAAGACUUGUUACCCUCAGGCCGCUCAUCGAUCGUACAUCUAAUAUGGGAAUGAGAAAACUAUCAUUGUCAACCACUCUGAGGCCUAUACCUAUGGCUACAACUUCUAUCCCUAUUGUGUCGGAAGAUUACUGCACUAAACUCAACUGCAAUUUUGAAGAGAGUGCAUGUAAUUAUCUUAAUCAUGGUUUGACCAAAAAGCCUUGGACUCUGCGAAACCGAGGCUAUGGUUAUCCUCUAACUGGAGCAACAGAUAUAAGGCCAAAUUCAGCUAAUGGGCAGUUCGUUGCUGCUGUUUUGAAUUCUGGAGAUGUUGCUAUUAUGGAAUCACCCAAAUUCAAUGCCACAAACGCUCUAAAUGUACUUCUUUUCCAAUACUACAGGCCUUCACCUCUAACCACUAUACGGUUGUGUUUGGGCUCUAGAUAUAGCAGCGUUUAUCGCUCAUUGUCAUCUUUCAAUGAAUGCCCUUCUGUGCUACGCUCAAUAACGUCACGAAUAGCUCAUAACUGGAAUACAGUUCACAUUCAAUUACCUUCCGGCACAACGCAUUUCUACAUCGUGGCAACUAACAAUGACAAAUCAGACUCAAGAACAGCUGUAGCCAUAGAUAAUAUACGAGUAGCUAUGUGCGAUUCUCGUAGCUACUCACCCGAUUACACACAAGAAGCAUCAGAAGAUCAUAACUUCUUGAACGGAUUCUAA